AUGGCUAUUCGUUGGAUGUCAUUGAUAUCAAAUGCUAAGCAGUUACACAAGCUCCAAGCCCUCCUCCAUAGAAACCAAACCAACGUGCCAAAGGGGCAUUUAGCAGUUUAUGUAGGAGACGUUCAGAAGAAAAGAUAUGUGGUUCCCAUUUCAUACCUGAACCAUCCUUCAUUUCAAGGCUUGUUGCACCGAGCAGAGGAAGAGUUUGGCUUCAAUCACCCCACGGGACGCCUAACAAUUCCAUGCAGUGAGAAUGCCUUUCUUGAACUAACUUCGAGGAUGGAUUGUUAUGAUGCAAGAAACAAAUGA